UGUUUUGGCGAUUUCAAAUGUCAACAUUGGCUUUCAAACAACGGAGACCCCACCUUUAAUAUUGUUUUCUUUUUUGUUUUUUUUUUAGUUCUUUUAAUUGUUACCCAGCUAUAGGUUUAUCUAACAAGCAACUACAGGAGUUAUAUUCACUUUUACAAACACGAUAGCUGGUACUUUAGAAGAAAUCGGUAUUAUGUUUCCUUAUAGAGUUUUCAAAAUGAACAAUAGAACAAAGGCCCAAAUGAAUCUGUUGGAUACAAGAUUUCACACUGUUUGGUGUGAAACAGCAUAAACUCAGCAUGUCAUUUUGUUUUACAGUGAGCCAGGAUCUGCUGGUGGUGCCAGUGGAAAUGCCAGUGGUGGUUCCAGUCAAAGAGACUAUGGUUGAAGUUGAUCUAGAAAAUCCAACGGAAGCCCCUGUAGUGCUUGUUGCUGAAGAAGCACCGGUACUUGAGGAGGUACCAGUUACACCAGUAGUAGAGGAAGCUGGUGUUGCCUCAGUACUUGAAAAUGAGCCAGUUGCCUCUGCAGUUGAGGAAGCUGCUGUUGCCCCAGUAGUUGAGGAGGUACCGGUUACAUCUGCAAUUGAGGAAUCUGCUGUUACUUCAGGAGUUGUGGAGGUACCAGUUUCUGCAGCAGUAGAGGAACCUGAUGAUGCUCCAAUAGUUGAGGAAGCGUCAGUUGCCGGAGCAGUAGAGGAAGCCCCUGUUGCCCCAAUUUUUGAGGAGGUACUAGUUGCAGAGGAAGCUCCAUCAGCUGCCCCAGCAGCAACAGAACAAGCACCAGACCCUUUACUAACAGAGAUUGUAGUAAUGUCUUCAGAAUCUCCAGUUGUCCCAGAAGCUACUGAGGUCACAGUGGUCACAGAAAGUUCAGAGGUGGUUGCAGAAAGUCCUGCUAAAGAUGCAAUGAGUCUGGUUGGGGCAGAAAUUAAGGAUGAGCUCUCCAAAGAAGUUCAGGUGGUGGCAGAGGUGACAACAUCAGCUGAAACUACAGCACCUCCUGCUGUUCUGGAGGAACCUGUGCAUGAAUAUGUGGUAGUCAUGUUGGAGGGAGCCCCCAAAACAGACAAGAAAGUUAAGGUUUUAGGAGUUUCCCCCACGAGUGCCAGGAUCGUCCCAGCUCCAGAGAAGGACGAGCCAGCAGAACCAGUAACGGGUCAAGCGUCACCCGCUUAAGAUGCUCUGAUGUGGUUUAAACAGAUCUUAUGGAUCGGAUCUGAUCUUACGGAGUUCGGAUGGAUUCACCUGCAUGGAUUUGGCCCUGACAGAACCACUUAAACCUCUUCACAUGAUACAACAUUGCAUUGUUUACUCACACACACACCAUUUCAUGUGCUGUUACAAAAACACAUUUACUAGACAUACAAUAUUCUAGACAUUCACUACUUACAAGACACAAGCUUUACAACACAGCACAGGAUUUCAACCCAGAUCUCGGAGGACUCCCUGUGAUGCAGUGGACGGUAGAAAUACGUCUGGUUAUUUAUUCUCUUAUCUGUUAUUUCAUUAGUUAUUUCAUGUUGCAAGUUUAUAUCUUUACCAAUUCACUGUAUUAUUCACAUUGUUUAUUUUUCUACCUCAAUCUCAUCGAGGCUAUCUGUUGCCAUGGUCACUUGGUUUCAAGCCAAGCCAUGGGUAUGUGUAUAACUUUCACAUGUACAGUAUAUCUUUGGCAGAUAGCUUUAUAUCAAAUAUUUUCCUUAGUCCUGGCUCUGAUUUUUGAUGAAACUCAGCUUUUAUAGUAUUAAGGAUAUUUUUGAGCUUUGCUAGACUUGAACACUGAUCCUUACCAGGAGUGGUGUAAUAACGACUUGUUUCUACCUCACAUCAAAGGAAACCUCCACCCUAAAACUUAUUAAAUAUAAUGUCGAGUGUAUGUCGAGUGAAUAUGGUGGUAUCUUGGCUAGUUAUCGGUAAACAAAAUGACGAGCAUUAGCAUAAACUUUAAAGCUGAAUUUCUAUAUUACUCUCUGAAAUUCCCAUUGCUACCACUAUCAGUGGCUAAACAUUUGUUAUUGUAUUUAUCACAGGAAACUAUCAUGUGGAAAUGGACCAACACCUAGGUGAAAAAGUUGAUUCGGUGCCUUAUUAUAAAAUAAAAUUCUUGGUCGCUGUUGAAGAUCACAAUUAUUAGGGUUCAGGGUGGAGUUUUCCUUUGGUCCAAGUUUAUCUUAAAUAGAAAACCUCUAUAAAACCUCUAAAAAACAGCUAUUCUCUGUUCUUCAUGAACGUAUGAAUCUGUGACAGUCCGUUUUUGUAUUUUUUUAUAGAAUCAACUAAGCUUAUAUUUUCCGUAAAUGUGAAACUCAGUUUUGUGAAAAACAAUACACUUUUUUACACAGAAGUCUGGCUAACUAUGUGGCUAUCAGGCUACAUGUAUGCGUUACUCAAUUACCAAAGAGUUAUUCUGAAUAUGGAUAUGAGAUUUUAUAAAUAUUUCAGCAAUAAUAAAAAUCUGUCAUGGCCAAAACAUA